AUGUCGGCGCGGCGGCCGUGGCCGUGCUGGCUGCUGCCGGCGCUGCUGUGCGGCGGCGCGGGGGGGUACGUGGUGGUCAGCUCCGUGUCGUGGCCGCUGCCCGAGGCGGGGGCGGCGGCGGACGAGCUGCACAGCUCUUCCACCGAGGAGGCGCUGCCCGCGCUGCUGGAGGAGGCGGGCGGCCUCUGGAAGCAGAGCUACCCGGCCUCGGCGUACCGCGAGGAUGCGGCGCUGGGCUCGGGGCCGGCGGCGCGGCGGCCGGGGCAGGGGGCCGCCCCCUCCAGGAUGUUCUCCUACCGGCGAGAGGGCGGCGCGGCGCCGGGACGCGCCGGGACCGCCCGCUUCCUCGCCCAGCACAACACCUGGGGCUUCGUGGCGACGCGGGCUGCCCGAGGAAAGAUCCAAGGUAUGCCCUAUGGGAACUGUUUACUUCUCAGUGAUGGUCCCAUCAACAACAGCACUGGAAUUCCUUUCUUUUAUGUGACACCAAAGGAUAACACUGUGACAGAUCUUCUGAAGAAUCCCAUGGCUUCUCUGACCCUUCCAGAGGCAGAUGGAAAUUUCUGCAGAAAAAAUGUAAUUGAUCCAGAGGAUCCAAGGUGCGCCAGGCUGACUCUCACGGGACAGAUGGUCACGGUGCCUCCAGAGGAAGUAGAAUUUGCCAAGCAAGCAAUGUUUUCCAGGCACCCAGUGGUAAGAAAGUGGCCUCGUAGCUAUGAGUGGUUCUUCAUGAAAAUGAACAUUGAACACAUCUGGCUUCAAAGCUGGUAUGGAGAAGUUUCUCCCAUUGCAGUAGAAGAGUAUUUAAAAGCAGCUCCAAAUAAAGGAUGAUUGAAUGGGCUUUGAGAUAAAAAUCUCCUAAGUUUCCUUUCCAAACACUUUUAAAAUUUCAUGGUAGAUGGUUUCUUUACAGUGAUAUUUUUCUUCUUCUCCCAAAGGGCUUCAAAAUAGCCCUGUCUCACAUGGAGCAGAGUGAAAAUAAAUCAGCACAGACUUUCAAAUUAUAAAGGAGAGGUAGAUAUUAGCCCUACCCUGCAAUGUACAGACUUGUCAUUUCAAGCAGGCAAUGCGUCAUCUGAAAUGCUGUUUUUAAAACGCUUUGUAUCUGUUUGUUUUGACUUCUAUUGCUGUGCACCCACAGGGAAACUACACUAUGUGCUAAAUAUAAUGUUCUGAAUUGCAGAAAAUGCAAAUUGCCUACUCAGAACCCUCUAUGUAUUGUGGAGGUAUUAUUGCUGCUUGGUCUCCCUUGAUUUGUAAGUACUUUAAGAGAAACCUAAUAGCUGCAAAUUUAGGUAUUUAAGUUUAAAAACAAAUUAUUUGCUAAAGCUGUCCUCAUUUGCUAACUUCUCUUUUCUAUGUGUGCUUU